CUCAGACCUGUGGCAGAAGCUGAGCUGAAGACAAGUAGGUUGCUUUGUGUGCUCAAGAAGAACUACCCCAUGAGCCUGACGCUCGUGCUGCUGGGCCUUGCUGCCCUCCUGGGUGCUUGCCAGGGCCGCACGGAUUGCUACGGCAGUGUAAACAGAAUUGACACCACCGGGGCUUCAUGCAAAACUGCAAAACCAGAGGGCUUAACCUACUGCGGAGUUCCAGCUUCAAAAAAGAUUGCUGAACGAGACCUGAAAGCUAUGGAUAAAUACAAAACACUCAUUAAGAAAGUGGGUGAAAAGCUGUGUAUUGAGCCCGCUGUGAUUGCUGGUAUCAUCUCUCGUGAAUCUCAUGCUGGUAAAAUACUCAAGGGCGGCUGGGGUGACAAUGGAAAUGGAUUUGGCUUAAUGCAGGUUGACAAAAGAUACCAUAAACUCCAGGGGACGUGGAAUGGAGAAGCCCAUAUCACUCAGGGCACGACGAUACUUAUCAAUUUUAUAAAGAGAAUACAGAAGAAGUUCUCAAACUGGACAAAGGACCAGCAGCUGAAAGGUGGGAUUUCUGCCUACAAUGCCGGAGACGGGAACGUCCGAACCUAUGAGAGGAUGGACAUUGGCACUACCCAUGACGACUACGCCAACGACGUGGUCGCUCGAGCCCAGUAUUACAAGCAGCACGGAUACUAGGCUGGGGCCCCUGCACCGAGUGACUUCCCCACCAUCACAAAACACAAAGGAAGAAGGUGCAUCCAAGUCCAUACAGAUGCAAGAGUACAGGAAUGGCUUACGUGAAACAAGAAUUUGCAGGCUACCACUCCCAUUUAUAGAAACAAUAUUCAGUGAGACACUCGUUAUGUAGUUUCUUUAAAAGCUAUAUGGUUGGGAUUUUACAAAGGGAAUAUUAACAGAAUCUUGUGUGCUAUCUACAUAUUUCUCUUAGUUUUGAGGCCGGUCUUAUUGCUUUGAGGCCUAUCUUGCAUUGCUAUUGAUAACACUCUGCCUUCCAGAUCUUAAAGUGCAUUUCUGCUCAAACCUGUCAUUCUCUAAAGAAAUCAAAAGGCAAAAUACUUCCUUGGGUAUCUGCUUAAUGAUUUAUUUUUUUUUUCAGAGCUGCCUGAUACUUACUUCAUAUUAUGGAAUAGUCUUUCUUUUUUUUUCUGAAUUCUAUUUUUUCAUAUAAAUGCAUAGAACAGAGAUGGGUUUUUCUGUCAGUUUUCAGUUAUACAGGGAUAAGCAAAUAGAAAAUGAAUAAACGUCUUAUUAGCAAAUGAAACAGGAAUCCAGUGUACUCAUAUU